AUGGGUAGUACUGAGCAAAUCAGCAUGAAUAGCGGAGAAGACAUUAACAAAUUGCUUCAAUCUUAUGGCUAUAAGGAAUCUUUCAAGACAUGGAAAAGUUCUGCCCGUUUGCAUGAAGCUGAAGAUAAUGUUUUACGCAUGCUUUCCUUUUAUCCAGAUGGUGACUCUGAGAGAACAUGUGAAGUGCUACAUGUAGAUAUAGGAGGUGGUGAUUAUAUGCAUGAGUUUUGUAUUGAAAAUAAGCUACCUAUGACUAGGGAUACUUGUAAGGAUAUUGUGCUCGUUCACGGUUAUGGUACGGCAUUAGGUGUGUUUAUCAGGAAUUUUGAUGAGUUAAGUCAGAUCCCAGGGGUUAGGUUGCAUGCGAUUGAUAUGCUAGGUUAUGGUUUGUCUUCAAGACCGAGAUUCCCAAGGUCGGGUUUUUGGGACUAUUACGUAAAGGGGAAGGUCGUUACUAAGGAACAAGUGGAAGAGGCCCUUGCGUUCUUCGUUGAUUCGCUCGAGGCUUGGCGUGAGAAACGGAACGUAGACAGCUUUGUUUUGGUAGGACACUCGUUAGGGGGCUAUUUAAGUAGCUUCUACGCUCUUCGGCAUCCAGAAAGGAUAGACAAGUUGGUUCUAGUUAGCCCCGUCGGCGUCGAAACUUCGAUUUAUGACUUAACGGCAGAACAUACACCUGAACAUCAGCAUGCUGGCCAACUAGGACCGGAAGUAGCGUCUGAAUUCAAGGAAGAUGCUACUGAACAUACUACUGAUCUAUCAAUAGACUCUAACAGCCCACAAUCGAGUUCGUUACACAUUCCUAACGAAAAAGGGUUUGUGGAGCAUGUUCCAAAUAUACCUUGGCUUGUUAAAAUGCUUUGGAACACGAAUGUAUCUCCAUUCUCACUGCUAAGACUUUUGGGACCCCUUGGUCCUAAAAUUUGUGCAAAUUGGUCCUUCCGUCGGUUCGGUGCUUGUAAAGACACUAAUGAAUUGAUGAACUUUCACCAGUAUGCCUACAAUAACUUCAAAGCAAAAGGUAGUGGAGAAUAUGCCAUGAUGAAAAUUUUAGCUCCCGGUGCCUUAGCCAGAGUUCCUUUGCUAAGUCAGCUUCCUGGAGCAUUGAAGUGCGACUCUCUAUGGAUGUAUGGCAGCAACGAUUGGAUGAGUAAAGAGGCAGGGUGUAUCAUUGUCGAAGAGCUGCAGGAAAAGUCUGACUACAGAGCCGAAUACAAGAUCGUGAAUAAUGCUGGCCAUCACUUGUAUCUAGAUAACCCUGAAGAGUUUAACCGAGAGUUAAAGUUGUUUUUGAAUGUGUAA